AUGGAACCCGUUCCCCCACAUAGUGAAAAUGAAAUUAUUGAUCUUCGUUUAAAAGCCCAGUUCGAACGUACCGAAAUUUAUGUUUCGAUUAUUAUCAACCAAAGUGUACUUACCACAUCUUUUCCAGCAUUCACACCUUUCUCAUCUCUCCCGUCCGUGGAAGCACUGGAAAUAAUUGCACAACCGUAUCAUUCGUCGAAAUUGCGAUACCGUUCGGAUUAUAAAAGUAACCAAAAUCGACGUGGAGUUCUCCUGAGCCAAAAUAAUCCAAAUUACAAAAGUCCAGCGAUUCGCAUCCCAAAAGUAUAUCUGAAUUCUACGGAACAGUACUGUAUACGUGUUUGUUUGGUAACUGUUGAAAAUGAGAACACUAAUCAUCGCUACAUACAUCCGUAUGAUCUCGAAGACAUUCAAAAUGAAGAAUAUAAUGAUCGUCAAAAUCAAGCUGUUUGGUAUCCGAUUUUAGAAGAAGACGUUGGUGGCAUCAAGUGUUUUCCGAAUUUACGAGUAGUAAAGAAAAAAGCAGAUGACGUAAAAGCGUAUGGUGAUUUACGAGUACUCGACUCUACGAAUGAACAGUCAACCCCACAAUUAACAACGGCUAAAGAAACAAUCAAAAAAUUUAACCUUGAAAUAUCUCAAUUAACAUUUACAGUUGGCAAGAAAGUCUCCAAUAAUGGUGCUCCAUUGCUGAUUUUAUUUUCUUCGACGACAAUAUUCUCUGACCGAAUGACUGAGCAUGUCACUCGAGAUGUUGACUCAGAUAUUAUGUCUAGAGAGUCAAAUACCUUAGAAUCUUCAACAUCCGCAUUAGGUGCUUCUUGCCAUAUGUACCAGUAUGCACCGCGACAUGGUUAUCAGGAUACGAAUGAGACUGUACUGAUUUUUUACACAUCGAAACUAAAGCCGAAGAUAUAUGGAGAUUUAGAAGUAAAAUUCGAAUGUAAAAGAGCGGAUAGCUUAUGGUCGCAGCAUGUUCUAAAUCUUAAAGUUAAGGAUCAAAUGGUAUCAUUUCAAACACCGAUAUACCCAUAUCCUAUCAACCAGACAACACCUGUGACAAUUGUUUUGCAGCAAAGAAAAAGAAGCCUGGAGUCACUUGUAUAUCAUUAUCUUCCUACAGAUCAGUGUGCGAAUUGUCAAAAGCGAACUAUGUUAUAUACGACUUCGGCGGAACGAAUGAAUUCGAAUAAACGACACAGGUCUACACCAUUCGACGACGAGGAAACAACUGAUGAUGUUUGCUUCGAGCAAGAACCGCCCGAAGAGACCACAUAUUCAGCAUCAAAUGCAUCCGUUCGAUUUUCUUCACUAUCUCUCAUUGAUGAUGUGGAUCGAAUACUAUUAAAUAAAAUGGGCGACAGCACUGAGGCUUUAUUUUCUGAAAAUGAUUUGAAACCAUUCUUGCGCAUCUCUCGAGCAUCCAUUCGAAAACAACCUCAACUACUUCACAUAGCCAUCGAACGCAAUCACUCAGAUCUACUCGUCAAAUUCAUUCCGGGUACAAACAUCGACCUGUUUCAGUCGACCAAUCCCCAUGGUGAAUCACUUCUACUCCACGCUGUACGACUCAACCGUCUCAGUGUGGUCAGAGCUCUGUUGGAGUUGAAGAAGUCUACUGAAUUACUCGAUGCGGUGAACAAUGAGGGAGAGAACAUAGUUCACUUGAUGGCAAAAGACAAGGAACUGAAGGAAAUGUUCGAUGUGUUUGCUGAGUACUGUGAGAGAAAAUCGAUAAAUAUGCACGAAAAAUUCGAUAAGGUGGAGAAAACCAAUCGAAGACCAUUGGAAUUAGCGGAUCUGAAUCAAAAUCGAUCGACGAUGCGUAUUCUGUCGAAAGUGUUCUGUUGA